AUGACUACAACACAAGAUGAUAUGAUUGACAUUGAAAAUCCCUCAGUUAAACGCAAAAAAGUACUAGGAGUUAUAAAUAACGAUCCUGUAGCACCAACAAUUUUUACUUCUAUGGUAACAAACAUCUUCCUAUCAAAUGUUUUUUUAUACGGUUUUACUGGUAAUUUAAGAUUAGCUUUGCUUGUAUCACUUUUUUCUGUUCCAAUCAGCAUAAAUUCAUGUUUAAAGGAUGCCGAAAAUGAUUUUGAGAAAUGGCAAAAAUUAUCAAAAUUACGAGAAAAAGGAAUUCCUGAAAGAUUUUAUCCAUACAAAUGUAAAUAUGAUUGGACAGGAUAUGAAGAUGAAAUGAAAUUUGUCAUAGAAAAAAAAGCAAAUAACAAAAAAUAA